AUGCGAGGGGCGAAGAAGCGCCAGGCGCUGCCCGCCAUCGUGCUCCUGCUGCUGGCCUCGGCCCCGCCGCCGCCGGGCGCCGAGGGCAGGGACGUGCCCGCCGCCGGAGCCGAGCGGGGGGCGCUCCUCGACAUCCUCCUCCAAGCCCUGGGCGACGACGGCCGCCCGCUGCCGCCCCGCCCGCCGCGGAGGGACCGGGUGAUCUCCCGGCGCUACAGCGGCGGCAGUGCCCCUCCGACAGACCCCCGCGCCGCCGCCGCCGCCGCCCCGCCGCCCCCCCGGCUCUUCGCCACCGCCCGGCACGGAGAAAUUUUUCCAAGAGAUUCCAGUCUAAAAGACAAGUUCAUAAAACAUUUUACAGGGCCAGUCACAUUUUCCUCAGAGUGUAGCAAGCACUUUCAUCGACUGUAUCACAACACAAGGGACUGCUCAACACCAACCUAUUACAAAAGGUGUGCAAGAUUGCUAACGAGAUUAGCAAUGAGCCCUUUGUGUACACAGUCCUAGGAUGUUUGCUAUACUUUCUACCAAGGAGAGAAUUCUGCUUUGCCAAGAAAGUGCCUUGAAAUCUUCAAAAAUGGAGACACAUCUUUUAUCUUUUUGAUUUACAAUGUUUUGUUACUAGAUGCAUUUUAUUUUCAUAUAUUUGUCCGACAUUCCAUAUUUGUGUGAAACAUUAUUUUAUUUUGUAAAUUUGUUGCCUAUAGUUCAGACAAGCCAAUUAUUUAAAUACAUUGUAUAUGAAGAAUACUAAUGAUAUACUGAUUAAAUGUUAUAACCGUGUGCAGGGAGUUGGUAAAAUUUUGCUGUUUCUCUUGUUCCGUUGUAUUUACAUCGUUCUGCUCAGGCUCUUACUCUCAUUAUUUGCACUAACUUGAAAUGCAGAAGUCUGUGUAACUGAAAUCUGAAUAAGCUGUAAGUGGGGAAGUUUUACUUGCCAUGGAAGAUAUUUUAUAUUAUGAAGCUUUGUUAAUAUAUACAUAAAUAUUAUUGUGCAUCAGAAAAAAAAUUGCUCAGAAAUGCACCUUGCUUUCAGGAACAUUUGUAUGACUAUUCUGGAUUUUCAUCAGUUACAUUUGUACCGGCACUUAUGGAAAGAGUUGCAAAUAAUGUAAAUAUAAAGACUGGAAAACUGCAAUGCAGUUUUGGUGGAAUAAAGAAC